CAGUAAAGAUUUGAAAGUACCCCUUCCUCAACUAGAUAAUACCCUCGAUAGCACUGUGGCUUUGAUCUAUCAACAACCAAGACCUACCUCUGGUUUCAUAAACACAUACCCCUUUCAGAGUCCUCAGCACCCCGCCAUGGCAUACUACACGCAUUAUUUUUCUCAUUGAGAAACUGUGUAACAUUUUUUCUUUCUUUCUGUUAUUUUCUACAAAUAAUUCCCAAUAAAAUGAUGCUCUCAGGAAGUAAAAGACCUACAAUUCAGUCUAACAGCGUUAAAAUUAAGAGCAUUAUUGGCACAGAACGACGAUUAAAAGAAAAGAGAGCAGAAAAGAUCAUGACAACAUUCUAUGAACAAGUCAACAUCACACCAAAUCCUGAUGAUCUUCCUUUGUUAGAAUUAAAGCAAACUGAAUUCAACAAAUACUUGUUUGAUCUUGACGACUUGGAUCGAGAUCAACAGUUACUCUGGGAUUUAGCCAACGCGCUUUUUGAAAAUCGACCUUUGGAUUGGCUUCGAGAUCUGGUCAAACCUGGACUAGAAGACACUCUUGGCCAAUUCCGUAAACAGUACAAAAACGACUCAUUCUCGACUGUCUUUGUCUAUCUUACCUAUGGACAGCGAGAAAGGGCCAGCGACGAAGCACGUAGAGCUGGCGAUUUUAAGCUGUCAAUGUACAUUUCCCAUUCAGCCACAAAGGACCUUCGCGCGAUGAUGAAGGAGCAGAUCGAGAUAUUUCAAAAGACGCCAGGCGAGUGGUCAGAAUACAGUGAGUUCAGGAAGAAAUGUUGGUACGUGAUCGCAGGCGAAUUCGGCCUUGUCGAAACGAACCUUGUUGUAACAGAGGGUAUAUCUUGGCAGUGUGUUAUCGGUAUGUAUCUCUGGUACUCACCGUCAGCAAAUUUGGUCGAGUACAAUGAAACAAGACGCGUUCCGGUGAACCCGAAUCUGUCGCAGAUGGCGACUCUGAAGCGCACGGCUGCUCCUGACAAGCAAUGCCUGUGGUAUCAGCUUCUUCAGUGGUGGCUCGGGGAUCCUGAUAUGGCGCAUCUGGACAGUUGGCCACUGGAUUUACUCUUUUUGUUAUCGGUGUAUCUGCCUGAUCGUAUUCAGGACGAUGUGUUUAUUGAACAGUGGCGUAAUGAGCUCGAAAAGAUGGACAAGAUCGAAUGGGCACUGUUUGCUUCCCAAUUUGGAAAGAAAGAUAAGGCAGCAGAUAGAGUCAAGUAUAUACUAAGAAAUGGCGAAUGGGAAGAUCAAGACAAGCUGGUUCAGCAAUUUCAAAUACCAAAAAAAUGGAUCUAUAUUGCCAAGUCACUGAGGGCACAUGAUGACUGGGAUUUUGAAGCAGAGUAUGAGUGUCUGAUUGAGGGGGAAUUGCUUAAUGAAGCCUUUAUGGCGCUGCUACACUUUCUUUUGCCCAAGAACUUUUAUUGUAACCGUUUUUUUUUUUUUCUUUUUGAAGAAAUGAUAAUAACUCAUCGUUACCAUAGGCACACCCACGGCACUGCGAACAGGUUUAACUUACAUCAUGGAAUACCCAGAUCAAGAUCGGCCCGACAUACAACUGUUGAAGGAAGCAUACAUGUAUUUGAUCAAUAAACAAGAGGAGAAAAAAGACGAUUUACUUCAGAGAUUACAAGAAUAUUCCAGUUUAUUAGAAAGCUUUCCAAAUGCACACCAAUUGAUUAUCAAGUUAAUAAACGCCAUUCAAGAUUAGUCUUCUUUUCUUAAAUCCGUUAUAGUCUGUUGUUUGAGUAUUUCUGGUACGCUAAUACAAUGGCCACACCAGUGACCAAACCCUUAUAAAAGGCAAUAGCUGUAGGAGAGACCAAGAAAUGUUCUGCCUCUUCAAUUUUUGGUGCUGCUCUCCGUCGAAGAUCAGCCAGCUCUGCCUUCAAUUUCUCCAUUUCUUCUUCAGCAUGUCUAGACGCCCUUUCAUAUUGAUCAGAGGCGUUAUGAAUACCUUUUUUCAUCGUCUCUGCUGCGUCAGAUACACCUCGAUGCGCACUAGAUGCAGCCUGGUCUACUUUUUCGUUAGUCUUGUCUUUAUCUGCCAUCCUUUUUUUGAGAAAUAUAAAUAGCAAG